AUGAGUGCUUCUCCAGGUCUGCUGUCUGUUGUAGAAUGGGCUACAGUUAUUGUGACCUUCAUCAUGAUGGGCUCUGGCUUACCUGUUUGUGUGUCCAUGUACAAGAACAAAAGUAUUGCUAAUGUGCCUUAUUUGCUGUUUUUGAUAUCUACAUUUGUGAGUUUUCUUGGCCUUCACUAUGGGAUAUUGAUCACAAACAAUGCGUUAAUUGUCAUUAAUGGUGUCGCUGUUCUUGUCUGGGGAGCUUAUGUUGUUGUCUACAUCUUAGUUAGCAAAUCUAAGUUGACACCAAUGCUGAAGCUGAUUGCUGUUGUGGGUUUGUACGCAGCACAUUUUCAUUACCUAACAGAACUGCCCAAAUCUGAUGUGGUUCCAGUGUUAGGCAGCUACCUUCUUAUCUGGUGCACAAUUUUAUGUGUAAUUCCAGCAGAUGAAAUUGUUACUAUGGUAAAAGAAAAAUCUACAAAUUGCUGUAAUCUACAAUUAUUGUUUGGAGGUACACUGAAUGGCUUUGUAUGGUUCCUGUAUGGUUUUCUUCUUAAUGAUGCCAACAUUUAUUUUCCUAACAUUCCAGCACUCAUAAUCAGUGGUAUCAAGUUCCUCCUGAUGUUCUUAUAUGGCCUUCCCUCCAGCACACCUACCAAGCAGGCAGUUACAUAG